AUGGCUUUUAACAACACGUCCUUCCUGCCUCGGAUUGAUACUGCCGUGAGCAUCCCCGGUGGCGAGACCGGACAGCCGAUAAGUGCCACACAUUCCGACUGCUCGCCGAGAGGGCUGCCGGAGCGGCGGCGUCUGCGGUCAGUCAACACCUCGCCGUCCCUGACCCGGACCCGCAGUGAUAACACCCAGAAGCUUCUCAGAUCGGCAACCGAGGCCGUGGCCGACGCCCUGGGUGUUGACGCGAAUGACCUACCACAGCCCUUCGAGGGUAUGACGGCCAUGCGCAAUGAUUCCUACUCCUCCUCCUUCCUUUCGGAACCGCACCAAGACUUACGGCCCAUCAGUGGCUUGAGGCAGAUUCGAUAUGACUCGACAAGCUCUGUUUCCGUCUAUUCGCCCCCGCUCGAGUCCGACGACUGGCGGAAGACCAUGGGCGACUCCAUUCAGAAGCGUCUCACCCUGGCCGUCGCCGACGUCCUCGGCAUGGACGGUCGCAUCAUCCCCCUCGAAGAAUCAUUCGUAGAACUGGGAGGCAACCAACGGAUGGCAAGGGAACUGCGCGCAAAUUGCGCCACCGCCGGCAUGGCCAUCAGUACGAGGGACAUCAUGAACUGCAAGACCAUCGCCGAGCUUGAGACAUGUAUCACGCCUCUCAGCCCUGACGAGUUGGCAAAGCUCCGCGGUGCGCCCUCCAUCGUGAGCCCCAUGGACCCUAGCUCGCCAGAAUACGCCAUGCGGAACGUCAAGCGUCAGAAGUCGGAACAGGCUACUCCUCCCCCCGUCCCAGCCAAGGCGCUGGCUGGGACCAAUAGCCUCACCCGGGUCCCGCGAAAAGCUUCGCGGAGACAUCACAAUGAUGUCGAACAACUCCUCACACUCCACGGCGACGUCUCGGGUGCCUCUGUACUCAGGCCCAAGGCCGGGCUCUUCGAGGGCCAUGUCGUCGCCCUCAUCACCUUGGCCAGCUGUGUGGUCCAGGGGCCGGACGACUGCGAGAUCAGACUGCAGAACGCUUAUUACACCAGCCAGCUACCGACCAUCCGCGACGCCAUCGAGUCGCGAGUCUCGCCCAAGUUUGCUCCCACCGUUUGGAUCGUGCUGGAGAAGAUGCCCCUCAACGAGAAGGGCGAGAACGACCGGAGGAAGCUACAGACUUGGAUACAGAAUGCCAACGACGAGCUGUAUCGGCAAAUCACCUCGGUCCAAUCCCAGGAUGAGCCGAGACAGCCUACGACGGCCUUGGAGAGGCGUAUUGCCAAGGCCGUAAGCAAGGUUCUGCGAGUCGAGCUGACCGCUAUAGACAUGAACAUGUCAUUUCGGGGGCUGGGAGGCGAUCCAGACACCGCUGCUCAGCUUGUCGAGAUGUGCAGGUCACAGGCCAUCUCCAUCCACCGAGACGACAUCCUGCAGGCUUCCUCGCUCGCCCUACUGGCGACUCUUGCGACGGCCGGCCAGACGCAUUCGCGAAACGCCAGCGAAACCGCCACCGAGAUCUUCGAGCUGUCUGCCAUGCAACGCCUGUAUUUCCACACGCCCAUGGGCAGCGAUUCCUCGCAGAGAGCGUCCACGAGCAGCGACUACCGCUUCAACCAGAGCAUCCUGCUGCGGCUGAAGCGGAGCAUAGGCACCGAGGAAGUGCGCGCCGCCGUCGAGGCUGUGGUGGGCCGCCAUCCGAUGCUCAGAUGUCAUUUCCGGCCCACCACAGGGUCCUGGUGCCAGUCCGUCCUGCCCGACAUCUCGACGUCGUACCACUUCGCCCAUCACGCCGUGGGCACCAACUCCGAGAUCGAGGACGCCGUCUCGGCCGCCCAAACUGCCAUCAACAUCGAGCAGGGUCCCGUCUUCGCUGCUCACCUCUUCCAAGCCCAGGAUGCAUCUCAGAUGCUCUAUCUUGUCGCCCACCACCUGGUCGUCGACCUCAAGUCGUGGCGCGUCAUAGCCGACGAUCUCGAGGGUGUGUUGACCAAGGGUCAUCUCGUCUCUGGUCGUUCGCUCUCGUUCAAGGAGUGGACGUUGCAACAGAGACGCCAUGUGCAGAAUACGAGGGGCGCAAAUAGCCUCCCGUUCGCUGUGCCGCCGCCGCAUUGCGAGUACUGGGGCAUUAGCCCUGCGGCGUCUAACACGUACGGAGACACGGCGGUAGCCGGAUUCAGCCUCGGCAACGACAUUACCGCAAUGCUUGAAGCCACCAACAACGAGCUAAAGGCCGACUCGUGUGAUGUCUUCAUGGCAGCGCUCCUCCUCUCCUUCUCUCAAACUUUCCAAGACAGGCCCGUGCCUGCUCUCUGGAACCAGGAACAUGAGCGGAACGCUCUGGAUACAGAGCGCGACAUAUCCGAUACUGUAGGAUGGUUCACCUCUCUAUGUCCCCUGGCGGUGGAUGUGUUCCCAACGGAUGAUAUCUUCGCCAUUCUCAGUCGUGUCAAGGACGCGCGACAAGCCACCGUGGAGAGAGGGUUACCAUACUUCACCGACAAUCUCAUCGACGGACCCUCUGCGGAUUCCUUCGCAGCGUCCUACUGCCCUCUAGAGCUCAUCUUCACCUAUGCCGGCGUCAUGCAGAAUCUGGAGAGCCAGGGCGGUCUUCUGGAGCAGCUUCCCAUCCCCGGCAGGGCCCUGGCGUCCAAGACGUCAGAUAUUGGGCGUUCAGUCGGACGUAUCGCCGUCUUCGAGGUAUCGGUCUUGAUCGAUAACGGCGACGCCAAGUUCAAGUUCCUAUACCAUCGCGAGUCGAGACAUGAGCAGGUCCAGGACUGGAUGCUCAGGUACGAGAAGUUACUUCGCCAGUGUAUCACCAGGCUUCGAUACCACACACCAGGACUCUCCCUAUCCGACGUGCCCUACCUGGACGCUACAUUCGAGGGACUGGAGCAGUUCAACAAAGACAUCAUUCCCAGCCUGAACCUCAACGUCGCGAACAUCGAGGCCAUCUAUCCCGUCACGGCCAACCAGCAGAACGUACUCAUCAACCAGCUGUUGAUGCCCGGCAGUUCGAAUACGCAGAUGAUCUAUGAACUCAACACGGUCGGCACCUCUGUUGACAUCAGGCGCAUCUGCGCCGCGUGGCAGCAGGUGACGGAAAACCAUCCGUCAAUGCGAACAGUCUUCUCGCCCAGCAUCUCGCAGAAUGGCCUGUAUGACCAGAUUGUCUUAUGCCACCACUCCCCCAGCAUGCUGUUCCUCGAGGGCGAGAGCAUCGACAGCUCGAUGGCGGCCAUUGACAACCUUCCACCCUUGCCUCUGACAGAGGGUAUCCCCUGGCACAGGCUCAUCGUUUGCCAGUCCAUGGGCAAGACCUUGCUCAAGUUGGAAGUCGAUCAGGCAAUAUGCGAUGUUGCCAGCCUCGUGAUCCUCUUUAGUGAACUCGAGCAAGCUUACUUCGACGGCGAGGCGCCUCCUAGUUUCGAGGUUUCGUAUGCUGAGUAUAUACAGUGCCUCAAGAUGACGCCCUGCAGCGUCGAGUACUGGAAGGACAGAUUGCACGAUGCUCGGCCAUGCCGCUUCCCCAGCCUCGCAUCCAGAUCUGCCGCCCAGCCCGAGUGGCAUACGACGUCUGUAGACCUCCAAAUCCCGUGCCAACGCCUUCAAAGCUUUGCGAACGGCUCCAAGGUCGACUUGUCCACGGUACUCCGGGUGGCCUGGGGUCUCUUGCUCAGGACGUACCUUGGGAGCGAUGAUGUCUGUUUUGGCUACCGCACGUCCGGCCGAGAUAUUCCCGUCAAAGGUCUAGGUAGCGCUGUCGGUCCGUUCUCAACGGUGCUGCCGUGUAGGAUCCGUAUCCUAUCCACCGAAUCCGUCUCUCGAGUGUUGUUGCGCGUCGAAGAUCAACGUAUGGCAGCCCUGCAUCACCAACACGUGCCGGUAAGCAAGAUCCAGCACGAGCUCCAGACAAAGGGCGAUCGCCUGUUCAACACGAGCCUGUCGUUCGGAUACGAGGAAGUCUCCAAUUACAGUCUUGCCGAUGCCAGGUUCCACCACACCCACUCUCGACAAGCUUCGGAAUACGACAUGAACGCCGAUGUAAACUUUCACAACGGCAAUGUCACCAUCGAGCUGGGUUCGCGCAUUCUCACCUCGGACCAGGCUAAUACCGUGGCACUCGCUUUUGGCCGGGCCAUAGAGACCAUCCUCGAAGCCCCGAGCGGUAUUGUCAAGGAGACUGAUCUGUUCAGCGUGCAUGACCACAAGCAGAUCCUCGCGUGGAACAGCAUGCCUCAGAUCGAUGUACCCAAGGAUCAUGUCCACCAGCUCAUUGCCACGCAGGCUAUCCGAAACCCCGACAUCCAGGCCGUCUGUGCCUGGGAUGGAGAUUUUACGUACGGCGAGCUGCACCGGGUCUCGACGGUCCUCGCCAAGCACCUGUUGGCGACCGGCCUCAAGCCUCAGACACCGUUGCCAGUCAUCUUUGACAAGAGCCGAUGGGCCAUCGUGGCCAUGUUGGCAGCCUUGACUGCCGGUGCCAUCAUUGUGCCCGUUGACGUCGAGACCAACGCUACCUUUCUGCCGGUGGUUGAGGCCAUGAGCCCCGACGUGGUCCUCGUCUCUGACACGGUCCGAAAGUAUGUUGACUCUCUCGGGCGCAAGGUUGUUGUGGUCAACGAGAAGACCGUGGCCGCCAUGUCGGCGCAGGCGGUCGAGAUGACUACGCCUCGAACGAAUCCAUACGAUAUAGCCUGUAUCCUCUUGACCUAUGGGAAUUCAAAGAACCACAAGUCCUUGUCGUACAGCCAUGGUGCUCUCGCAACCGCAUGUUCCGGUCAAGGCCCGACGCUGCGGAUCAACCCAUCGAGCCGAGUGAUGCAGCUCUCGUCGUACAGCGUUGAUGUUGCUUUGUCCGAGGUAUUCACUACCCUGGUCAGCGGCGGUUGUGUCUGUGUCCCUUCGUCUGCCGAGAGGAUCACCGGCUUCUCGGCCGCAGCACGACGCAUGAAGGUGAACUGGACCUACUUGACCCCGACGUUGUCUCGGAAACUUCAGCCAGAAAGCCUGCCAGACCUGGCUGUCGUGUGCUUCCGCGCAAGGCAACUCGACAGCGACGCGUAUGCACCCUGGGCGGGUAAGGCCAAGGUACUCCUGGCGUAUGGGUCGGCCGAAGCCUGCCCACUAGGACUCUCGGCUACCGAGGUGACCGACUCGGCCGCGUCGCAGAGCUUCGGUAACCCGUUUUGCGGCAACUUCUGGAUCGUCAGUCCGGAAGAUAACAACCGGCUUAUGCCUGUCGGUGCUGUCGGCGAGCUUGUGAUCGGAGGCCCUACUCUCGCCAGCGGGUUCGAUAUCGGCGAACAGGACGUCAGGACCUGGGUAGGCAAGAGCGCGGCUCGCGCGAAAUCGCUCCUCGACCAGUCAGGCAGUCGCCUCCUCAAGACGGGACAUAUGGUACGCUACCGGGAGCAUGGCCAUAUCGAGUUUGUCACAGCCGAGGGCGAGGAAUGCGCCAUCGACGGCAAAUCAUUCCGUGUCUCGGACGUUGAGCCCAAACUACGCCGCUGCCUCGGCCGAAACGUCGAUGUCGUCGUCGAGACGAUUGCAUUCAACGACUCCAGCUCAACGCCCAUCCUAGCCGCGUUCGUCGAGUUCGGUGAUGCCCUGCACGGGAAGGAGGACCUGCUGAGGCUCGGCCGCCUGACCAAGGAAAAGCUGUACCUCUCCAAGAAGAUGGCUGACAUGGUCCUUCGAGAGACGCUUCCGAGCCAUAUGCUGCCUUCGGCAUACGUCCCUGUCCGAAGCAUGCCUCUGACCCCUUCCCUGAAAGUGAACAGGCGGGAGCUGCAGAGACUCAUUGCAGGUCUGUCACACAAGCAGCUCCUAGGCCUCGCACAGGUGCCAAACCCGCAAGAGGUACAGGCGGCCAGUCUGAAGCCGCUACCGCUGACCCGAGUCGAGCAGCAGAUGCGCGCCAUCUGGGCUGAUGUCCUCAAGAUCCAGCAGGCCUUCAUUACCGCCAACGACGGGUUCCUGGGACUGGGCGGAGACGCCGUCACCGGCCACGAGCUGGUCAUUGCUUGCCGCCGCCGAGGUAUUGCCAUCUCCAUCACCGACGUCCUCCGCAACCUCUCCCUGACGGAGAUGUGCCGUGGAGUAGCCGCAAUACGCGAGCCCGAAGUGUACGUGUCCCAGGCGAAUACAGACACAGGCGCCAGUCAGCAGACGGAGGACGUUGUUCAGGAGACACGGCUCCCGAGCAGAAACGAAGAGGCCGAGACGGACUGUGUGGAGCCUGUGCCAGCCAACGCCUUCAUGGACGAAGCCAUCACGCCGCAGAUAGGCUCGGACGAGAGCAUGAUCGAAGACGUAGCCGAGGCCACCUCUCUACAGACGGCCUUCAUCGAGUCCGGCAUGCUGCAGAGCCGUGGUAACGUCACGUACUUCCUUGUCAACAUGGCUGGCUCUCUCGACUGGCAGAAGCUUGAGCAUGCAUGCUUCAUGUUGACCAGGGCCCACCCCAUUCUUCGCACCUCGUUCGUGUCCCACAGCCGUCAGGUCUACCAGACCGUCCUCCGGUCCUACCGCCCGGAUUUCUUGCGCUAUCAAUGCCAGGGCUGGCGCCUGGGCAACCUGGCGACGAAGCUUGUCAAGAGGGAGCAGCCCCUGGCGGUUGACUUCCGCCGACCAGUCACCAAGUUCUUCUAUCUCGACGCCGGCAAGAGCUCCAUACUCGUCAUUCGUCUAUCUAGGGCCCAGUACGACGAGCUCUCGAUCCCAAUGCUGAUGCGCGACCUCGGUCGGUUCUACAGUCGAGGCGACCGGCUGACCAGAAGUCCCGGCUUCUGCGAGGUCGUCAGAGCUGCACAGGCGGCCAACUUCAACGGUGCCAGCACCGAUUACUGGCGCGGGCUGCUGGAGGGCGCGUUGCCUACCCAGCUCGUCUCUCAACCGUCCCUUACGAGCGCCGACACGAACGCAAGGACGCUCCAUCAGCAGAUCCCGACCGGGUCGUUGCAGAACCUGGGCAUACCCUUUGAGACGAUCCUGAAGGGCGCGUGGUCCAUCGUCCUGUCCAACCUCUCGGGUACCACCGACGUCGUCUUCGGCCAGCUUGUGAAAGGCAAACACCUGACCCUCCCGAACGGUCAGGCCGUGGCGGACGUCGUCGGUCCCACGGGCAAUGUGAUCCCCGUGCGAACGCGACUGCCCGACAUCCCCAUCACACCCUACGAGUACUUCCGAUGUGUGCAGAGCCAGCACGUGGCCAGCAUUCCGCACGAGAACAUGCAGACGGCCGACAUCGUGCAGCAGUGCACGCCCUGGCCCGCAUGGACUCGUCUCAGCACCGUCGUCCACCAUCAGAACCAGUCCGAACAGGGCGGGCUGAUGGAUUUCACCAUCGGCAGUGCCAGCUGCAAGCUUAGCCUGAUGGAAUCCAACCACCAGGACUCGGACGUCUUCGUGAGGACGGCCAUGGCCGGCUCGGACAAUGUCGACAUUUCCGUCACCUUUUGCGAGAAUCGAAUGCAGCUGUUCUUUGCCGACGAGCUGUUGAAGAUGCUCUGCUCGACCAUCUCGGUGCUGACGGCCACCUUCGUCAUGGAGCCAAUGCUGCUCAAGGGUCUCAACGACAGCUACUCGACACCUCGGAUUCCGCUGCCGGCGCCCAAACGCGAUGCCGCCAUCUCGUCGUCGGUGCAGUCUGUCGACCCGGACCAUGCGCGUGCCGUUCACACCAUCAUCUCGGCUGCCUGGGAUUCUGUCCUCGAGCCACAGUCGGUAAAAGCCAAGAUAACCGACAUCCGGUCCACGCCCUUCUUCGACAUCUGGCCCUCGUUGAUGCCGGCGGCCGAGCUGGCUCGCUACUACACGCAGAAGGUGCCGCGAAUGCCCGGUCUCGAGGAGAAGCUGUACACGAUGGAGGAGAUCAUCGAGCACCCCACCAUGAUGCAGCAGUACGAACUCAUCAUCGCCAAGCAACAGUCGCCCCAGCUCAAGCACUCCAGGAGCCGUAUCAUGAUGCGAACGCCUUCGUCCUGGGGCAAGAACUUUCGCAAGCUGACCAUCGGGACCGGGCCGGCCCCCAGUAAUGGCAUAGCCAGCAGUAGCCUGACCGUGCCGGCCCAGAAGCACAAGACGCCGAUUUCGGGCCGUAGCAGCUCGCUCGAAUCCCUGACGGCGGGAAGCAGCAACAGUGACGACGACGACGACGACCUCCUGAAAGAAGGGGCCCGUACCCCACCGACGCCCCCCUAUGUUGGACAUGGCAAUAGAUCGCCCGCUCUCAUCAAAAGGAGCCCUGUCAAGAGCCACAGGAAGGCAUCUUCGCUCUUGGGCAAGAUGAUGCAUGGGCCUUCGGCCUGA